AUGUCCUCGCCAAAAGUGUUCGUUUGCGGCGCAACCGGCAACCAAGGAGGCGCCCUCAUUCCAAAUAUACUUGAUCAUCACAUUGAAGUUCAUGCCAUCAGUCGGGAUCUCGAGUCUGCUUCUGCUAAGAGCCUUCUCGCGCGGGGUGUCUCUCUUGCUGAAGGUGACUACGACAACGAAGUAAGCCUAGAGAAGAGUAUGACCGGUUGCACAACUCUCUUCCUCAACCUGAACUUCAACUACACAAAACCCCAGGAAGAACUCGAACAAGCUCAGCGUAUUCUCUAUCUGGCCAAGCGGCUCGGUAUUCAGCAAGUCAUCUACACCAGCGCCAUGGCCACCACGGAUCCUACGCGCCUUACGUACUGGGACCCAAACAGUCUUGUGGCUAUGUGGGUCAUUCUGCGACCGGGCAACUUUAUGACCAACUUCCUCAAUCCUGUGGUUCGAAUGUACCAAGGCCUGGUGGAGACGAACACAUUCACUACCGCCUUUGCUCGCGACACAAUUCUGCCUAUGGUUGACCCAGAUGACAUUGGCAAAUUCGCUGCUGCGGCUAUCCUGGACCCCGCCAGAUUCAAUCAAAAGGAGAUCGAGAUCGCAUCGCAGAUGAUGGGAGUGGAGGAUGUGAUGCGGGAUCUAUCGGAAGCAACGGGGAGGAAUAUUAAGGCCAAUUUCAUGUCGGAGGAGGAGAUCAAGAUAAAUGCAGCACAGGACCCGAUGGUUCGUGCUCAGUUGGCAAUGCGCGAUCUGUCACUGUUUGUGGAAAUGGAGAAGAUCAAGUCUUGGGGGAUUGAGCUGGGAAGUUUUGCCAACUUCUUAACGCGGGAGAAAGCGCGAGUGGAUGCUACCUACCUGGAAACGUCGCUUACAAGUUGA